AUGAGUACAAUCAAUACAUACCCAGUCCAGCAUCUUCGGCCCACGCAACGUGCAGACCAGAGAACUGACCGACAGCAUACACAUCCGCACAGGCCUACCGGAUCAUCGACCGUGGCAGAAAUCAUAGAAUAUAUUGAGGGUCUGGUACGGACCCAAGUCCAGACUGUCAACGACCGGGACUUCGACUUCACCUCCCCAAUCUGGCAAGAGAAAGCUUCCUUCUGGAGAGCAGAAAUCGGCCUCAUGUCUGACAAAACGCUCACGCUCACUCAAUGGGUGGAUUCCUGGCGACUAUUGGAUGAGCUCUACCCGGACUACUACGUCAAGAUUCUCGACAUGACUUCAACCGUAAAUGAAGCCGAUCGCUCAGCCGAAGUCUAUGGCAAUAUCCAGAUCGAAGGGAUGCCUUUAGGUCUCAUCAGGUCUGCAGUGGGAAUUGCCAGCUUCGGGGUCGUGCAGGGCAAGUGGGUUGCUGUCAAGCACAAGACUAUAUCUGGUUUUGAUGAUAAGACAAUGUUGGGAUGA